AUGAUUCCCAAAGGACUUUGCACAGGUGAAAGCGAUGCGGUCACUGCCACCUUCGAUCUGUUCGACUCCUCGAGCGGUCCAGAUCUGACCCUAUCACCACAAACCUUCACCAAUUCCGCGGAAGCCUUCAUCAAUGACAACUCGAACAGUCUGGGUGUUUCGACAGAGAGCGAUACUGGUAGGUUCGACCACACCAAUGUGGAAAAAAAUAUUUGGCUAUACACAAUGCACAUAGCGCUUCGAGGUUUCAUACUAUUCUGA